CCUAUUGUCCGAUCUAUUUAAGUAGUAACAACAACCAGCCCGUGUUGGUUGAACAAAAAAUGGCAACGUAUGGUGAGGAGCCAGUAGACAACUACUUCUACUCAUCCUGCAACCCUUACAUGGGCCGAUAUCCCAGACCCAGGGACUCGGGGUGGAAAUAUAAAAGUUACUUCUCCCAUUAUGGAGACACUUCCGAGGCCUUUAACAACCACCAGCGCGCGCAGCUCAAGUCCAUCUUGUCCCAAAUCAAUCCCAAACUCACCCCGCGGCUCCGGAAGGCAAACACCAAAGAUGUGGCCGUGCAGGUAAACCCGAAGAAGGACGCCUCCGUGCAAUGCUCCAUCGGCCCGCGGACCCUUCAGGCUCUGAAGCGGGACCUCCAGCGUAAGAGGAGGUCUGAGCCCGCGACCCCCGGCGGCGGCAGCCCGGCGGCGGCGGGAGGGGUGCGGUACCCGCGCACCUUGGCUGUGUAUUCGCCCAUAGCUUACAGGAGCGUCACGUCCUUUCUGGUGGACGACAACAACAACAAAGAGUCCUCGACUGACGCGGCGGAACCUCGCGGUGACCCGGGUGAGUCCAUGGGUGAAGCCGGGUCGAAGGACGAAGAGAACCAGGCGGGCGAAGGCGGAAAUGCCGAAAAACUAGCCGAGCGAAACAAAACUGAGAAGUCCAAGCCACAGGUGAACGACGGGGCCCAAUUAACUAACGAGGAGGCCAAGGGCAAGGCGCGCGUGCGUUUCCAGUUUCUGGAACAGAAGUACGGAUAUUAUCACUGCAGAGAAUGCAAUCUUAAAUGGGAGAGCGCCUAUGUCUGGUGUGUUCAGGGUACCAACAAGGUUUACUUUAAGCAGUUCUGUAGGAAAUGCCAGAAAGAAUUCAACCCAUACCGUGUUGAGGACAUCACAUGUCAUACUUGCAACAAAGCACGCUGCUCCUGUGCUGUAACACAAAGGCACGUUGAUCCCAAACGACCACACAGACAGGACUUGUGUGGCCGAUGCAAAGGCAAGCGGCUGUCCUGCGACAGCACUUUCAGCUUCAAAUAUAUAAUCUGAGAUGUCUCAACUGAACUCUGCCCUGUAAACUCAUCUGCACAAGUUCCAGAGGCAUCUACGGCCAGUAUAAUUACCCUGCAUGUGCAAUAAUUGCAACUCAAACGCAAAGCACAGAUUUUUGGUCUUUCAAUAUUUUCGUUCAUAUUUUGAUUCUGAAAUAAAUGGAUACCUUGCA